CCCCUGCCGCCUCCCAGUUGGGCGGUUCCGGGGUUGGCGGGAAUUCUUGGAGCGCGGAAUGUUCAGAUUUUAGAAGGACAAUCGAGUUGAAAUAUUUCAAGCAUUUCAGUCAUAAGCACUUGGAAAUUGGCUUGCAAAACCUAAGAGUGCACUGUGUGCGUCUGAACAUGAUGAACUGUGAACUAUUAGCAACAUGCAGUGCCUUGGGAUACCUGGAAGUGGACAACUAUCACAAAGAGCCUGAUUGUUUAGAGAGUGUCAAAGACCUAAUCCGAUACUUAAGACACGAAGAUGAGACAAGAGACAUUCGGCAGCAACUGGGAGCUGCACAGAUUCUACAGAAUGACCUGCUGCCCAUUAUCACACAGUAUCCUCAGGAGAAGGUGCUGUAUGAAGCAGUUAUCAGAUUGUUGGUAAAUCUAACACAGCCAGCACUUCUGUGUUUUGGGAAGGUUCCUGACAACCCUACCUUCAGACAUCACUUUAUGCAAGUGGUUUCAUAUCUGCAGGGGUACAAAGAGGCUUUUGCAGAUGAAAAGGUGUUUGGAGUGCUUAGUGAAAAACUCUAUGAUCUCUUACAGCUGGAUUGGGAGCAGAGGCAGGAGGAGGAUAACCUACUGAUUGAAAGGAUCCUGUUGCUAGUUCGAAAUGUUCUACAUGUACCCCCUGAACCUGAGGAGGAGAAGAAUAUUGAUGACGACGCCAGCGUGCAUGACAAGGUAUUAUGGGCAAUGCACAUCAGUGGGAUGGAUGAUCUCAUUAAGUUUUUGGCAACCUCCCAGGAGGAGCAACAGUGGGCCAUGCACAUUCUGGAAAUAAUCUCCCUCAUGUUCAGAGAUCAGAAACCUGACCAACUUGCCAUGACAGGGCAAGCAAAACCUAUGGAGCAGAAAGAAAAGGAGUCCAGAGAGCUUGAAAUCUUAAAGCAGAGAGAGCUAGCAGCGAAGAAGCAAAGAACCUUUGAAAGAGGAACCAGGCAUUCUCGUUUUGGCGGUACAUACCUCAUACAAGGCUUGAAGUCAAUCGCAGACAGAGAUAUUGUUUGCCACAUGGGUAUCCACAAAUUGAAAAAUUACAGCCAUGACACUGGCAAGAAGACCAACAGAGUGCCAAAAAGAAAACAAGCAGCAAAAGAGGUGGAGAAGAAACAUCGUUCUGCUCUGAAUGUCAGACUGUUCCUGAAGGAAUUCUGUCUUGAUUUCUUAGAAAACUGUUACAACCGACUCAUGUAUGUAGUAAAGGACAACCUCAUUCGCGAGAAGGCACAACAGUACGAUGAAACCUACUACCUCUGGGCAGUGUCAUUCUUCAUGGAGUUUAAUCGGGUGUACCAGUUCCGUCCUGAGCUAGUGUCAGAGACAGUCAGCAUUCGAACGUUUCACUUUGUGGAGCGAAAUAUUACCAACUACUAUGAAAUGAUGUUGACUGACAAGGCAGCAGCUGGUUCCUGGUCAAGACGAAUGCAUCUUGCGCUGAAAGCUUACCAAGAACUGCUCAACACAAUCAAUGAAAUGGACCACUCCAAGGAUGAAAAUCUGAGAGAGAGUGCCAGAGUUAUCAAAUGUAAUAUCUUCUAUGUUAUGGAGUUCCGAGAAUUGUUCUUAACAUUGUUCCGAAAAUAUGAUGCAACCAAGCAACCCAAGUCAUUCCUGAAGGAUCUCAUUGAAACGACCCAUCUUUUCAUCCGGAUGAUUGAGAAAUUCUGUAAAGGCCAGAGCAACCUUUUUGUGCAGAAAAAAAAGUUCAAAAGGAAGAAGUCAAAAUCAAAGAAGUUUGCUUCUAUUUCAUCAGAAAAAUCCCAAGAAGAACUCGAGGAAAUCUGGAAACGAACAUUGGAGGAGCUCGACAAGUGUGCAGAGGGCCAAGACCCUCUGUCUGACGAUGUUGUUCCAUUUGAUGCUGCUUUGGAAAUCCCUGUGGAAGAGCAGCGUGCUGAAGCAAUGAUACGUAUUCAAGAUGCACUCUUGGCUGGCAAAGCUGCAGAGGCUCUUGUGCUUCUCCGAGCUGCACGAGAAGUAUGGCCUGAAGGUGACAUUUUUGGUUCUUCUGACUUGCGACUUGAGGAGGAGUCUGAGUUACUCAAACAAAUACUGUUUGCAAAGUUACCAAGGCAGCCCACUGUAGAGGCUGAAGGAAUUGAUGAAUUCCGUGAUGAAGAGAUAGAAGAAGAGGAAACUGAAUCAGUGAGAGUUACAGAAAAUGAAUUUAAUUUUUUGGAUUAUCUGAAGAGGUUUGCUAAUGCUGGUGUUGUGAAACCAUACGUUCUCCUUCUGAAGGACUACCGACAGAACACUCCUCACACCAAUCACUGCAUUGUGAAGAUGCUGUAUCGUCUAGCAUAUAAUUUGAAAAUGGAUACCCUUCUUUAUCAACUGUCAGUAUUCCACCUAUUCAGUCAAAUUCUGGAAGACCCAGCGUCCAGCUUCUACCAAGAGCUGGUAAAGUUCUCCAAAUAUAUCUUGAACCGAUUCUUUACUUUAGCUGCUAAUAACACCAAAGUAUUUGCGGAGCUGCUAUUCUGGAAGAAUAUUGCAACCAUUCGAGAAAUGACUGAAGGUUACAGAAAGGACGAGCAAAGUGGAGUAAACAAAAAGGCUCCAACCUGGUCAUCAGAGGAAGAGGAGGAACUUGAAACACUGUAUGUAAGAUUCAAAGAGGAACAAGGAGAUAAAGAUGUCAUUGACAGUAUCAUGGAAUGCAUUAAAAAUGACACAAGGACCAGGAGGCAGAUUGCUGCUAAACUGGUUCAAAUGAACCUCGUGGACAGUAUAAGAGAUUUAAAGCGUGUCAAGAAAGGAACUAAGAUUGUCCUUUGGAGAGAGGAGCAAGAGAUGGAGCUUGAGACAUUGUUUGUGGAGUUCAGAGAAUCUGAUGAUAUCCUUGGUAAUAUCAUGAAAAACAUAACCACCAAGCGAUCCAGAGCCAGGAUUGUUGAUAAACUGAUCAGCAUGGGCCUUGUUUCUGAUAGAAAAGAACUGUACAAGAAGCGAAGAAAAUUAACAAAAGGAGCAAAUCAGGAGGAAGAGGAGGACUUCCUAAAUGAUGUGGGCUAUGAUGUUAUUCAGGGGUUGUCCGAUUUAGAUAAUGAACUGGAUGAAGAUGAAAGCAGUAAUGAUGAGACAGGAGAGCUGAUGAUUAAGUUCAGAUCAAGAUACACUGCAAAAGGAAAUGGACAAAAGAUGGGCCUGGGUGAGAUUGACCCAGCAAUCUCGAAUCUGUGCUACAAACUUCGGCAACAAGGUCUGUCGGGCCCUCUUCUGUGGCUGCAGAACUGCCUCAACAGAACAGCAGACAAGCGAGAAGAUGCUGGGACCUCGAUUGCAGUCCCACUUGUUCCCUUAUCUGAAGAAAAUGAAGAUGCUAUGGAGCAUGAAAUGUUCCAGAAACUUCUGAAAAAAGUUGGAAUUCGGCCUCCUGCUAAUGAACAGGAAUCUUUCUGGCGUAUUUCUGCUAACCUGAAUGUUCAGCAGUUGCGCAGGAUUGCUUCAGUUAUCACCCUGGAUGAUGGUGGAGGGGAUGCAGUAGAGCGAGAUGAAGAUGUUAGUGCAGAUCAGAGGUCUGAGGUCUGGCAAGCCCAGAUGAUGGCCAGUGAGAGGAAUGUUAUUCCUGCUAAAGUUGGUGAUGACGAAUCCAAAGGGAGAACCGAUCAAGCUGAUGACUCCCCCUCUGUAUCAGACAGUGAAACGAAAAGUGAUGGUGAGAAGAGCAAACAUAAACAUUCUCUAAAGCGGACUCGCCUGCUUGAUAGUGAUGAUGAGGUGAAAGAACCUGUUGACACGGAGAUGAUGGAAGAGCCUGAGACUGACUCUGACAUGUCUGACUCUGACGUCACCCACAGAGUGAGUAAAAGGCAGCGGCGAGCAAUUGAAGAUGAUGAUGAGGAUUAAUUAUAAUGAAUUUGGUUUUUGAAAUGGUUUUGAACACUGGACUGAAGAAUCAUUUUCAUGUUCAUCAAAUAUUACAAUUCUUCAUGUAAAUUUUGAAAGCAGUUUCAUUCACUGAGUGAAUCAAGUGUAGAUACUUUAUCCACACAAUUUUAAACUACUUGAGCUUGUUCUCGCAUUUUAAAUGAAAUUUUAUAAUGCCAAUAAAAAGUGAAGUACUCUGAGUGAGAAAAAGUUAUGGGAUUGUACAGGUUUCUUGAUCCGUAGUCACCUUUGAAAACGGAGGAGGAGAAUCUAUGGAGAAACCUUGUAUUAUCCUGGUUUCUUGUUUGGGUGUAAGUUGACUUCUUAUCCAUUUCAGUUAAUGUGUAUGCAACCAACCAUCUGUAAUCUUUUUUGAAGUAUUUGCCAUGAAAAGCAAUGAAACCUUCGAUUAGAACAUAAGGUUCUCCUCAUUGUAAUAUUUAGUCUUGUGCAAAUCAGUAUUUGAUUUGAUGUUUGGUAUAGUGUCGUCUUCAUCUUAGUUUGUUUUAAACCUGACGUUUGGGAAUUUUCCCUUUGUUUAUGGCCUGAAAUUCAUUACAAUUUGUGUGGCUUGAAUAUUUUAAAUUUGGCAGAUUUUCCUUGAAGAAAGAACAUCUACACAACACACUCUGUAUGUACUUAAUAGCUGAGUUAUUGAAUAAAAUAGGGCAGACUCAGGAGAUUUAUCCAUUUUAUAUAAUAUGCAAGGUAAUUUCCGCUGUGCAUUUUGGCGAUAUUGAAUUUGGCUUGUCAAAACCUAUCCCUCCCAGUUAUAUAAUGUUUCCAUUGAAAUCCAAAUCUCUGGUACCCUUCCCCUUCCCAUUACUGCAUCUAGCUGUGUCCAUUGCUUCUACUCUCCUACUCCACGCCUUUCAAAGGUCUGAUCAAAGAAGUUUUUUUUGAAAUAUUGAAUGAUGUCAGUAUUUUAUACGCUAUUGUGCUACAUACUUCACUUCUUUUUUUCAUUUACCAGAGUGAAAUUUCCUCUGCUUCUAUAUUGAAGCUUGAUAUUUUCAGAGAGAAGCCCCCCAACUAGAUUUACAUCAAGGAGGUUUCAGUGCUAGAGAAGUUAGAUAUUAAUUUCCUGUUGGCUCUAAUUCGCAGAUUAUAGUAAAAUAUUGGAACUGCCCAGUGUACCUCACCAGAAUAUUAUCUGUUAGCAUGGAAGGGCAAUACAUUUGCUCUGCAGUUUAGCCCACAAUGAAUCCCACAGCUAUUCCCUUUGUGGAUGGAAAAUAACUGCCAAGCAAUCCGUCAUAUAAAAGAGUUAAAGAACCAAUUAAAUGCUGAAAUGGGGGAAAUCGGUGUGCUUUUUGUGGAUGAAUACAAUUAGCUGGCUUUACUCAGUGGUCAUUAACUUGCGAUCUGAAAGUGCUAAGACUGUUGUCUCCAACUGAUUAGUUAAAGAGAUACUUUGAUCAAAGCCUUGCAUGGUAACUAACUUGUAAGAUGGAAAUUGGAUUAUUCCACGAGCAUGGUGCUUUAUUUUCAAAUUUUAUUGUGAUAUUAAAAGAACCUGAACAUCUUCGUAUUUGAUUUGUAAUUACAAGUGAUUUUUACAGCAUAAUCCAAAAAUAAAUGUACAAGGUGUUGCAGUAUUAUAUUUUCAACUUAAAAUUAAAAUUUGUAGCAGGUAUUA